UGAACAAAAGCCUGUUAUUAAAAAGCAAUCAACAUCUAUUAUAUAAAAUAAUUUGUUUGAAGUUUCUACUGUAAACAUUUACAAGGUCACGAUCUAUUUUAAAUUCACGACAACGAUCAUUUGCCUCAAAUUUUAAUGAACCACGCGCCUAAAUUUCCACUUUCUGUUUACCUUCUUUGUAAACUACGUUUUAACGACUUCCAUUAAUUUUACGUUGUUAAUCUAACUUACAAACAUCAUUUGUCGGAAAACCACUGAAAAGGUAGUAUGCAAUAUGAUUCCGGACCACCUUUUCGAUGAGGGAAUUAAUAAUUCUUUAUUACAAAAGGAUAUGGAAUGCGUUAAGAAACAUCGCGAUGUUUAUGAAAAGUCUCAAAGGGAUUAUGAACGUGAACAACGUUAUAUGCUUUCGUCCCAGGACUCGGAUACUUGUGAGAUUCAUGAUCAGUUCUACCGGGAUCAUAAGCUAUUACUGGUGCUGUUCAGAGCUCUUGCUGUUAUGCCAAUAACGCGUUCCCGACCAGGAACGAUAACAUUUAGCUGGAGGUCCAGAGCCACGGCCUACGCGAUUUGCUUUUAUAUUAUAGCUACAGUGGUUGUCCUAUUUGUUGGAUACGAAAGAGUGAUGAUAUUAAGGUCCAUUAGAAAGUUCGACGAUUAUAUUUACGCUGUGAUAUUUGUAGCAUUUCUGGUACCGCAUUUUUGGAUACCCUUCGUCGGUUGGGGGGUGGCGAACCAAGUUGCUAUUUAUAAGACCAGCUGGGGGAAAUUCCAAGUAAGGUAUUACCGCGUUACGGGAGAGAACCUUCAAUUCCCGAAUUUGAAGACGACUAUUGUAAUAAUAAGUGUUGGAUGUCUGUUAUUAGCGGUUUGUUUCCUGCUGAGUCUGUGUGCAUUGUUGGAAGGAUUUCUAUUGCGACACACGGCCGCUUAUUUCCACAUUAUAACAAUGAUAAAUAUGAAUUGCGCACUUUGGUAUAUUAAUUGUCGAGGAAUUAAAACCGCUUCACAGAGUCUGUCGGAGUGUUUUCGACGGGUAAUUUUUUUUGGUUUACCUAAUGAAUCAAUGUUCGUUUGCAUAAUGCUUCAUUUGUCCAGUUCUUCGUUUAUCCAGUACGAUGAUGUGAGCUUAGAAUGUACAGCUCACCUAAUAUCAAGCUAUCGUUACUUGUGGCUGAAUUUGUCAGAACUCCUACAAUCCCUUGGCAACGCUUACGCACGAACUUAUUCAACAUAUUGCCUCUUUAUGUUUUUCAACAUAACCAUAGCGAUAUACGGUGCACUGUCAGAGAUUGUAGACCACGGUUUUGGUUUUACGUUCAAGGAAAUGGGUUUAUUCGUUGAUGCGGCUUAUUGUUCUACGUUGCUGUUCAUAUUCGCAGACUGCUCACACAAAUCUACGCUAAAGGUCGCAGCUGGUGUCCAGGACACACUUUUGUCAAUUGAUGUCUUGUCUGUGGACAGACCUACACAAAAAGAGAUCGAUCACUUCAUUCAAGCUAUUGAGAUGAAUCCGGCCGUAGUGAGUUUAAAGGGAUACGCUCAUGUCAACCGGGAACUACUUACUUCGGCUAUCAGCAUGAUUGCCAUAUACCUCAUCGUGCUUCUACAGUUCAAGAUUUCGCUUCCGAAGGAACCGCAGAUAAAGUAAAACGUAUGUUUGUUGAAAUCAAGUGAUUCACAAAUCAAUAAAUAGUGUAUAUAAAUAAAAUUAAUCGCAAAGCGCAAAAUUUGAAGACGGCUGGAUUUAUUCGAGUAUAUGUUAUUUUUGUUCCUAGUACUUAGGUUUUAUUAUGGAAAAGCGAACACUAUCUAUAAGAUAGCAAAAUGUUCCAUAUCUUUGUAUAAAGUGUAGCUACUAAAAAGGUAGACGAAGUAAAAAAUUAUAUUACGACGUAACAAAGUUCCGACCUAUUUGCUAGCAACUAGUCUUGCUAACUUUGUUGUUUAUAUAUUUAAUCUUAAAUUGUAAUGUUACAAUAUUCCAUUUUAUUGGGAGACGAAGUUAUCCUAAUCGCGCUAAUCCAAAUAGUAUUUAUUGACAGAGUGUGCCUGAAACGUUUUACUAUUAUUUUUUAAAUCUCAACGGAGCUAAAGUUAAAGCGAAAAUUCGUGUAUUCAUUUUCAAUAGAACAUCUUAAUUUAUGUUUAAUAGUGUAAUUGAGAUUCUUAUUUGACAUUUAUAACAGUGGUAUUGUAUAAACCAAGGCUGUACGUUUUGCUUACUCAGGCUUUCGUAGUUUCAUAAGCGAGACGACUUCCUAGGUCGUCGGUGUUACGUCCCAAGAGUAUAGCCAAACGCAGGCACUCUCUUCAACUGCUACUCUGCAUUUAUUCGUUGCAUAGCAAUUAACAUGUCAUUCUUUCGCUUUUGUUCUAUUGUACACAAGUGGUUAAUAUAGAGUGUAACAAAAAUUUUCUAUUAUUUAAUCCCUAUUAUCAUAUAUAAUAAUCUUCUAUUAUAAA